AUGGCUGUACAGCAGAGAAAAAACCAAGUCGAUCCAGAAACAAAGUUCUCCAAAUUACAAAAAAUUGGGAAAGGUUCUUUUGGAGAAGUGUUCAAGGGAAUUGACAAUGAAACGAAGCAAAUUGUGGCCAUAAAGAUCAUUGAUCUUGAAGAAGCAGAAGAUGAAAUUGAAGACAUCCAGCAGGAGAUAAUGGUCUUGUCACAAUGUGACAGUCCUUACGUUACAAAGUAUUAUGGAUCCUACCUCAAAGGAACAAAAUUAUGGAUCAUUAUGGAGUAUCUGGGUGGAGGUUCCGCACUUGACCUCAUGAAGGCAGGCCCAUUCCAUGAAAAUGAUAUUGCCAUCAUUCUUAGGGAAAUUCUCAAAGGUCUGGAUUACUUACAUUCAGAAAAGAAACUCCAUAGAGAUAUCAAAGCUGCCAAUGUAUUAUUAUCUGAAGUUGGUGAUGUGAAACUAGCAGAUUUCGGUGUGGCUGGGCAACUGACCAACACGACAAACUUCAGACACACAUUUGUAGGGACCCCUUUCUGGAUGGCACCAGAGGUCAUUAAACAAUCUGCAUAUGAUACAAAGGCUGAUAUCUGGAGUUUAGGUAUCACUGCCAUUGAAUUAGCCAAGGGCGAACCCCCCAACUCUGACAUGCAUCCAAUGCGGGUGUUGUUCCUUAUUCCUAAAAAUAACCCUCCCCAGCUGUCUGGCAGCUACAGUAAAUCUUUCAAAGACUUUGUGGAACUCUGCUUAAAUAAAGAACCUGAAAAUAGACCUACUGCUAAAGAACUUUUAAAAACACCUUUUAUUAAAAAAGCAAGGAAAACAGCCUAUUUACAAGAACUGAUAGAACGUUACAAGAAGUGGAGACUCUCUGGUGGCCGGCCAGAUUCUUCAAGUAGUGAUGAAAGUGAUGAAUCUGAUAUAGAUGGUGAAGCAUGGAAUGAUGAAUGGAUAAUGACAUUAAAAUCCUCAUAUGAUGCUGUCAAUGGUGAAGCCAAUGCUGUCCCUGCUAAUGUUGACAACACUAACUAUGUGGAGAAAAAGCAACCUUUACGUCCAGCCCCUCUACCUCCAAGUACAACAGCUCUGCUCCCAAAUGAGCAACCCCCCAUACGAUCAGGUCCUAUAAGUCAUCAUGGCCGUGCUGACUCUUCUCCAGUUAUUCCUAACCAUCAGAAUGACUACAUUGCAGCCAGGCAUGCACGCAGCAAAUCGGAUAUUUUGCAUCCUCUUUCUUCUGACUCCGCCUACUCCGAUGACAGACCAAUGCAUACACCCUAUAAACGACCUCAAUCCCUCUACAAUCUCCCAGACGACAGAAACCUACAUGAGCCAUUAUACAAACCGAACCCACAUAGUAAUCCUGCUCUACUCCAUGUGCAUCCUCCACGGCCGACAAAGUCAAUGCCGUCUACUGGAGCAGAAUCUGAAAAUACCGACUCUUCUGUGACCCCCAAACAACCUCCCUCAGCAUGUCUUUCUCUCACAGUGUUCCCUAUUCUCAGUGAGCUCCGUGAACGUUACAAGGUGGUACGUCCUCCACAGAAAGUGGAGGCAAUUGAUGAAUUGAGAAAUGCAUUCGACUUGGUUGAGAAAUCUUGUCCUGGCAUCACAGACAAAUUUGUGACGGACGUUGUCAGAAACAUGGGUGAACAAAUGUUGAGGGAAGCGGAAGUGCGUCGAGGAGUGGAGAAAUUCAAACGGCCUUCUUGA